AUGGCUAGGGUGGAGUUGAUUAACUUUCAUUUCCUCAUACCAGAGAUCGGGAUUGGGAUCUGCCAAUUGCUUCCGACACUUGGUGCUCUCUUCACGAUGGGCGCAGAGGUGAUGAGGAGGAGAGCGGCGGGGAUGAGUAGUGCCUCUCCGCGUAACGUGUUCAGAUCCACCGCUGCCUCUCCUAAAAUACAGAGACCGGCCGAUUCUCCUGCAAGCGUUCUUCUGUUUGGUCUGGUCUUCGGGCUAUUGUUCCUUUGCUCUGUUUCCCUCCUGAUGUGGCUCUUCUUUAAGCCCUAA